AUGACGUUGAAAGGUCAGGAUCAGUUAAUAGAGAGACUGCUGGAAGGCUUCACGAUAAUUGAUCUAUCCUCCAAUAGAUUCUCUGGAAGUAUUCCGCCUUUAAUUGGAAAUCUUAACUUUCUGAAAUACUUGAACUUGUCACACAAUAACCUCACAGGGAAUAUACCUUCAUCUCUUGCCAACAUGAGCGCACUUGAAUCUUUGGACUUGUCUUCGAACAAUUUGGUUGGAGUAAUUCCAAAUGAAAUGACAAGGUUGACAUUUCUUUCGAAACUAAACCUUUCAAUGAAUCAUCUGGUGGGACGGAUACCGCAAUCUAACCAGUUUUCCACAUUUGAGAACGAUUCGUAUGUGGGAAACUUAGGGUUAUGUGGAGUUCCGUUGACGAGAAAAUGCAAAGAGAAGGCAAGGCCAAAAGAAGAAGAAAAGGAAGAAGAAGAGGAUGAAUUUAUAGAUGGAUUUGGGUGGAAAAGUGUAGUGAUAGGGUAUGGAUGUGGAGUCAUAGUUGGAAUUGGUAUGGGUUGUUGGAUUAUUCGAUAUGAAAAGCCAAGAUGGUUGGUUGAGUUCUUUUUUGGUGUUGGAUACAAUAACAAGAAGAAGAGGAGACGCAUCAGAGCAACACCAACACCGAGGAGAAGAUGA